AUGUCUUUUGCUCGUUCUCAACCAUUCCAACAUAUACAACCGUUGCAACCACUUAACAGUGGACAAUUGAACAAUAGAGUUAAUAAUAUCACUCCAGUUAAGGCUGCAAGAAGUUUUAAAGAAAAUGUCCCAGUUCCCACUCAAGACCCAAAGACAAAAAGAAAGAAGGAAAAACUUUCAACCUUAUGCAAGACUCCUCCAUCAAUUGUUAGAACAAGAACAGGUAGAGAUUACCGAAGAGGAACCUUUUUAGGUGAAGGUGGAUUUGCUAGAUGUUUCCAAAUGAAAGAUUCUUCUGGUAAAAUCUAUGCAGCAAAGACAGUCGCAAAGGCAUCAAUUAAGAAUGAAAAAACUAAAACAAAACUUUUAUCUGAGAUAAAGAUUCAUAAAUCACUUAAACAUCCUAAUAUUGUUAACUUUGUCGAUUGUUUUGAAGAUGAUGUGAAUGUUUAUAUUCUUUUAGAAAUAUGUCCAAAUCAAUCCUUGAUGGAAUUAUUAAAGACUAGAAAAAGAGUUUCUGAACCAGAAGUUAGAUUCUUUAUGGUUCAAAUUGUUGGAGCUAUUAAAUAUUUACAUUCAAGAAGAGUCAUUCAUAGAGAUUUAAAACUUGGAAAUAUUUUCUUUGAUCCAAAGAUGAAUUUAAAAAUUGGUGAUUUUGGAUUAGCUUCAGUAUUACCAGCAGGCGAUGCUCGUAAAUAUACCAUUUGUGGAACCCCAAACUAUAUUGCCCCUGAAGUUUUAGGUGGUAAAACUGUUGGUCAUAGUUUUGAAGUUGAUAUUUGGGCAAUUGGUAUUAUGAUGUAUGCCUUACUUAUUGGUAAACCACCUUUUCAAGCUAAAGAUGUUCAAGUCAUUUAUGAAAGAAUUAAAAAGACUGAAUAUAGUUUCCCAAUUGAUAAACCAAUUUCACCAGAAGCUAAAGAAUUAAUUCAAGAUUUAUUAAGUUUAAAUCCAUUAAAUAGACCAACAAUUGAUGAAGUCUUACAAUAUAGUUGGUUUAAAGGUGCAUUCCCGGAAAAGACUCUUGAAACAAGUUUAAGUAAUACUCCUCAAGGUCUCAAUGAAAUUUCCAAAGCACAAUCUGCCAUUAACUUCACAAAUACAAAGGCAAGUUCUGGUAUUUAUACACCAAAGGUUAAGAAUCCAGUUGAAAUCUUAAGAUCAGAUUUACAUUCUGAACAACCAAGAACCAUGCUCCCACAAUCGUUGUCACCUGGUGAUACUAAAGAUAAAUAUCAAGAGGUUGAUCCUACACAAAUGGGGAAGCCAACAAGAAAGGUUAACUUUAAUGGAACUUAUUCAACAACCAUUAAACGUCUUAAUCAAAUAUGUUUUGAAACUUAUCAAAAUAUGAGAAGACUUGAAUAUUCUAAGCAUGAAAUGUUAGAUGCUAUGGAAUUACCAAGUUGUGAAAACCCAACCUUAAUUAGUAAAUGGGUUGAUUAUUCUAACAAGUAUGGAUUUUCUUAUCAACUUAAUACCGAUGAUAUUGGGGUAUUGUUUAAUGAUGAUAAUACUAUUUUGAGACUUCAUAAUUCGGAUAAAUUUUUGGAAUUAAUCUAUCAUGAGAAUGAAGGUUGGACAUGUAUUGAAAAUUCAUCUAGUCAUCCACCUACUCAAGCUAGAAAGCAACUUGAAAUUGUUGACUUUUUUGCUAAAUACAUGAACAGUAAUUUAUCUAAUGUUAGUGCAAAUGAAGAUAGAAAGGAAACAGUUUUCUUGAGACGUUACACAAGAACUCUGGAAUACAUCAUGUUUGAAAUGACUAAUGGAACAUUCCAAUUUAAUUUCAAAGAUCAUCAUAAAAUUUGCAUUUCCAAGUCUGGAUCAGCCAUUACUCAUAUCUCACCUUCGAGAAUGAUUCAAACACAUCCAUUAAUUUUUAUAUUAAAGCAAGGAAACUUUCCUUCUUCUGAAGUACCGGAUUGCUUGGAAAAGAUUGCUGUCAUUAAGGAAGCAAUCAAAAGAAAGGCAUUCAAGGAAUAG